AUUAGAUUUUCAGAGAGCUAUGCGUUUCUUCCAAGUCCUCUUGCUUGUUGUUCUCAUCUCUGCCACCGUGGCUCUUCCAUUUUUCAACUCGCCAACUAGCCAAACAUAUGGCGGACAAUGGCGUCAAAUGUACACCGACGAGAAUCUGGAAGUUCCACAAAAUCCGAGAUACAUCAUGUCGAAUCGGAUGCGUGGAUAGUUGAUAAUUUAUCUGAAAAAGAGAGAACAUCGGAAUAACUGAAUAAACAUGUGUUGAUAAAA